UGUCUAUCAAUUAAUCGCACUACCUACCAAGAUCAGAACGAAGAUGGCGACCUCCACAACAAGAUCACGACUUUUUAAUUUAUUUGACAAAAUUAGAUAUAGACGCUUUAUUUCAAGGUCAAAUCAAUCAUCUGCUUUACAGAAAGCAGAAGAACGAGACAAUGAAUCACACUAUCCCCCCAUUAAACCGAAAUACCCACCUGGGGAAUGGGGUGAAAUGGACAGAGAUAUAGCAUGGACUUGGCAUGAAGAAGGAGAAAAAUGGAAAAGUAUGGCAUCUGUUGAGGAGCGCCUUAGUUUUUUGGCGACCAAAGAUUCAAAAUAUGGUUCUAAAUUGUGGAAAUACAAUUCAAUCCAGGCAAACACUGGCCUGUCAGAUUAUCAGCAAGACAAAACAAAAACUGUUAUCAUCAAUGAUGCCCCAGAAGUUAUCAGUAACAUAGAAAUUGAUAUUGAAAAUGAAUUUAAAGACAUUAAAACUAUUCUCCAGGAUAAACUUCUUGUGGAACAGGAGUAUUUAGUUCAACAUCUUGGCAAAAUGUAUGACCCUAAAAAGCCAGAGGCUCUAAAUACUAAAUUAAUUAAAUCUUUGGUUUUUGAUUUGGUUACAGUACUCUCUACUAAAUAUGAACAUUUAUUUGAUUUACAACUUGAUCCAGAAGUAGAAAUUGCAGCUUAUUGGGAUAGAUAUGGAGUUCCACCAAUAAAACCAUGGAGAAACUAUGAAAAAGCAAAGACAGAUUACUCGAUUCCGACAUGGCCUCUUCCCAAAAAGUUUUUUCAGAACUAUUCAAAGUAUCAGUCUCAAAGCAAGCUAAGCUGUCAGUUACGGACAGCAAAUCCAUUACCAGAGUUUCUACCGAGAGAUGAUGUUAAGUGUACAAGUGAACCCUAUCCAGAAUGUAGACUAAGGCCUAAUGUGUUAGGAACCCCUAGUGGUUGGGUCCAACCAAAGUGUGAUCCAGGCUAUGUUCCACAAGAUCCAUACCAGUUUGUAAAUCUCUCCUUCUUACCACGUAACUUAUCCUACCUUCAAUAUUUAGAGAAGAAUCUCGGACCUGAAAAUGCUGCUGAAUCACUGAAAUACUUUGGAAUGAACACUGCCUUUAUAUCCACUGUAGCUCAAGCUUACAACCAAGGUUUCAGCACCUUUGUUGAUAUAACUUACCCAUUUACAACACAAACAAUAAUGACAGAUGGUAGAUUGUUCUCUAUCUAUUCUUAUCAAUUAAAUACACUUCAUUUGUGGAAAGCUGACGAGGUGAAUCCCCUCAGGAACAUCUGCUUCUUACAGGACAGUCUACCUCUGUAUGAUGUUAUUGAAAAUGGAGAGAUAAAAGGUUUUAAUGACGAUACCUUUAAAGCCUUAAUGAGAUGUUUCGUGUUAAAGCCUGUGGAUCGGGGAUGUAUCCUAAGACCAACAAUUCCACAAGACUCACCAAACAGAAUGGAACCAGAAAUUCCCAAAUAUGUGGAAGAAAUAAUUAUCGAAAAAGAAGUUACUUAUGAUGAAAGCUAAAUUGAUCAAAAUCCUGGCUUUAUAUGAAAAAAAUAAAUUAUAUCUGAUA